AUGGCGGGGUUCUUCCAAAAGCUCAAAGCGGCCGGCACUGGUAUCUCGAGAUCGGAUAGCAAUGCCUCCAAGAAUACCAAGAAGGAAGAUCCUACGAAGGACCUGUCGCCCGUUGAGAAGCUGCUGUACAACGCGGGCCCAAUACGCCCAGACGGCAGCGACAAGUUCUUUGGGCUAGAGAAUUUUGGAAACACUUGCUACUGCAACUCGAUCGUCCAGGCGCUCUACCACUCGGAGCAUUUUCGCGAAAAUGUCAUGAAUUACCCCCCUCCAGCGCCUUGGGACAACCCGGACGAGCCGAAAUCCAAGCUCAGCGUGACAGUACGCCCUCCACCACAACCAAAUGGAACGGUUACUGGUCCAAGCAAGCCGGGGCAGACAGGAAGGACCUCUCUCAGCGGCGGUCAACUGGCUCCUAGUAUGGGCCCUCUACGGCCCGAGGACAGGCCCGACUCCCCGGAGUACAAGAAGAAGCAGGCCAUGCUCAAGGGACCUGUGCUGGAUCUCACUCAAGAGUGCUCCGAUCCAUAUGGCAUGAAGGAAUGUACCUUUACUGGGCUCAAGGAUAUCUUCACCGCCCUUAUCGAGAGCCAGUCUAGGACGGGUGUAUUAAGCCCUCAACGGUUUCUAGACAUCUUCAAGCGCGACAACGAGAUGUUCCGAAACUCCAUGCACCAAGACGCCCACGAAUUCUACGGGAUCGUUCUAAACGACGUCAUUGCGAACGUGGAGGAAAAUGCCAAGCGGAUGCAGGAAAUCGCAGAGAGCAAGGGCAUCAAGCUGAAUCCAGAGGGAGAAUCUGGGUCAAGGGCACCGGGCACGGGCUGGGUGCAUGACAUCUUCGAAGGCGUACUAACCUCGGAGACCAGAUGCCUGACCUGUGAGACAGCAUCACAACGAGACGAGACCUUCCUCGACCUGUCGAUCGACUUGGAAGAGCACUCAUCGGUUACUUCAUGCUUGCAGAAGUUCUCGGCCGAGGAGAUGCUGUGCGAGAGGAACAAGUUCUUCUGCGAUCAUUGCGGCGGUCUGCAAGAGGCGGAAAAGCGCAUGAAGGUCAAGAAGCUACCCAAGAUCCUGGCCCUGCAUCUGAAGCGGUUCAAGUACACCGAGGACUACAGCCGGUUGCAGAAGCUCUUCCACCGAGUUGUCUACCCAUAUCAUCUGAGAUUGUUCAACACGACCGACGAUGCCCAGGAUCCCGACAGGUUGUACGAGCUGUACGCUGUCGUCGUUCAUAUCGGAGGCAACGCCUAUCACGGACACUACGUCGUCGUCAUCAAGACGAAGGAUCGUGGCUGGCUGCUGUUCGAUGACGAGAUGGUCGAGCCGGUCGACAAGCACUUCGUGCGCAACUUCUUCGGAGACAAGCCCGGAAUGGCCUGUGCCUAUGUGCUGUUCUACCAGGAGACGACCUUCGAAAAGGUCAGGGAAGAGUUGGAUGCUGAAGGAUUGGAUGUGGAUCAGAUCAAGCCCGCGGCGAAAGUGCCCAAUCUCGCCGCAACUGCCGAGGUCAACGGAGAGCCAGAGUCGAACGAGGUGCCUCUUACUAGGAUUAAGACGCAGCCAUUGCCCCCUCUGGCAGAAGAUGAGCUUUCGCCAUUACCGAACGGCAAGGCGAUCAAGGGCGGCGGCGGCGAUAGUCCAGUUGAUUCGAUCCCGCAUUCGCUCUCUCGGUCUAGAUCUCAGCCAGUGCUCGUCUCGUGGUCCGGUUCCUCGGAUGUCCCACAUGAACCCGAUAAGAGUGAGCCUGUUAUCGCAUCGUACAAAUCAGAGAAAGAGAGGAAAAAGGAGCUAAAGGCUCAAGAAAAGGCUCAGAAGGCCCAGGAGAAAGCCCAGAAGGCGGCCGAGAAGGAACAGGCACGCCUUGCGGCCAAAGAGCGCCAGGGGAACCUAAGAAAGGCCCAGGAAGCCGCAAAGGAGUGCGAAGACCUGCAAAAGGCUAUCGAGGAGAGCAAGCGGAUGGCCGCGGAGGAAGAGAAGCGACAUAAGCGCGAGGGCUCCGAGAUAGCUAGCUCCGAUGGCGGCGACUCACAUCAACAUCAUCAUCAUCAUCAGCAGCAGCAGCAGCAGCAGCAGCAGCAGCGUCGUCAUCACAGCCAGAGCUUCCUCAGCCGCGCCAGCCGGACCGGCAAGGCUAUGACCCGCAAGAGCAUCGCCACGUUCAUUAAUAAGGCCUUCCUGCCCGAAUACCCCGACAUGGCACAUACCGAUCACCACAACCACAAGGUUGUUGUUCCUGAGCGUCCUUCCGACGUAGCCAGUUCCUCCAAGGCUAGCGACCGCACCGUGGCUGCUACCGAUGUAACGGGCGCGGGCACAGCAACACCUGCCGAGAGCGAGAUCUCCCACCCGACAACGAUAACCUCCAUGACUACCGCCAGCACCAUGCCAUUGCAUCACCAAAAUGGCACCGCCGCUGCUGCCGCUGCCACGACUAUCCUCGCCAAUGGCGAUGUUACCAAGCCAGGCACAGCAGCAGGUUGUAACUUGGAGGCCUUGUCGUCCUACCCCUCCCGCACCGAUACUGCUGUGUCGUCCGGGGCGGGCGCGCCGCCGCCUUCCUCGCACCACUCUCACCAUUCUGCUUCUGACCACCACAACUACCACCAUUAUCAUCGGUUUUUCCACCGGCAUGAUAAGGACAAGGACAAGGAUCACAAGGACAAGGAGAAAGAUAAAGAAAAGGAAAAGACGCCUCUCAAAGAGCGCUUCCAUUUCGGUCUGGGUAAAAAGAAGAGCGGUGUUUUGGGCGCUGGAAGUAAUACGUCUCUGUCUUAG